CAUGAAAUUAGAAUAUUUGGGUAUAAAAUGAAAAAAAAAAAAUCUGAAUCAACUCAGUUGUGUUUUCUCAAAACUAAGAAGAUGAAGCUUAAUUUGAUUUUCUUUGCAUUUGCGAUCUGCAUUAUUGGUGUUCAACCUAACGCUCUACCAGGGUCUUCAGCACUAUCUCCCCAAAGUGCUCAGGCUCUUGUGAAUUUCGCAGAAAAAAUACUCGAAGAAGCUAAAAACCCAGAACGCGUACAAAAAACGGUUAUUGAACAAACUGAACAACUAAAAAAGACAUUUUCAAUAGAAACUUCCGAACGUAGCGUAAUCCCAGAUUUGCAGUAUUUGGUGGCACUCUUCCUUCAUGGAUUGGGAGAUGUAGUUAGACUAGUAUUACCUCCUGGUGAGGAUCUCUACCAUGUCAUCGCUAAAGGUUUACAGAAAGUUGUACGAUGGUUUGUUCACGAUAAUGAACCAUUGCUAGACCUCUUGGACAAACUCAUCGUUGCUGGAGAGAAUAUAGCGAGAGUAGCAAUUAAUAGUGCGAUAGCCAUCCUUCUAGGACACCCUGUGGAACAUCAACAUAACCUAGAACAACAUGUGGAACAUCAACACAACCUAGAUCAGCCUGUGGAACAUCAACAUAACCUAGAUCAACCUGUGGAACAUAACCUAUGGUAAUCUGAGUCUUAUCAUCAUGUUAAAAUUCUAUGAGCUUAAUAAAUCUUCUUACGCCUAAUGAAGAAAA